AUGGGAGACUUGAAGCCCACUACUAUCUCCCUCCAAUUGGCAGAUCGAUCGGUUAAACGUCCGGUAGGUAUAUUAGAGGAUGUAUCUAUCCAGGUUGGUAAAUUCUAUAUUCCGGUUGAUUUUGUUAUUCUUGAAAUUGAGGAGGACUCUGAAAUCCCCAUUAUAUUGAGAAGACCUUUCCUUACUACCGCUGGAGCGAUAAUUGAUGUGAAGAAUGGAAAGCUCUCUCUCAAUAUAGGGGAUGAAAAGGUAAAUUUUGACUUGUUUUCUACUACGAAAUUUCCACUAAUUGAUAAUACUUGUUGUAGGAAUGAUACGAUUGAUAUGGUGGUUAGAAAAGACUUUACCAGAGAUAUCUCAAAUGAUCCACUUGAUAAAUGCUUAGCAAAGGAUGAAGCCUCUGUUGAUGAUGAUCAGGAAAUAACUUCCUAUGUUACGAUGCUUGAUGAAAGCCCAACCUACACCAAAACCACCUACAUCAAAGGACCUGAUGCAGUGGCCGAAACUGCAAAAGAGUUGAAUGCCCAGGGCGCAGACACAGUCAUGUCAAAAAACAGCAAAAACAGCCCAGAACAGGUUUGUGAAGAGAAAACUGCACCUGGAAAGUUGUUGAAUAAUGAUUCCACAUGGUCAGGGUGUGUCCGUAGACACAGUCGUGUCAAAAAGCAGCAGAAGAAGUCUAGAACCAGUCCAUCUCCACUAGUUGAAGUAGAACAUAAGGCACAUUGGGCUAUCAAGAGCAUUCAUUUACAUUUGAAAGAAGCAGGGGAAUAG